AUGUUUCAGGCGUUUUGGGCAGUUUUUACGCUCCUCUAUUUGGCCCAAAUUAUCAACUCAGCUCCUUGCGGAAAGACGUUAGUUACACCAAGAAAAGUCGUGGAAAGGGUUUCCAGGUCUGGUUGGUUACUGGUGCGAGGAAAUUCAUGGGAGGAUUUUAGGAAAAGUUUGAAUAUUCGGCCUCGCCAGAGGAGAGGCAUUAAUCAAAGAAAAUCCCGUCACUGUAAUUGGACUGACGAGCUUGACGAGAACGUAAAUAGAAAGCCAAGAUUUUUACACAAAGCAGUACUAGCGUGCAAAAGUUGCUCUUCGUUUUGCAAGCCCGUGGAGUUUGAUCAUAAGGUACUUGUUAAAGAUUGUAACGCCAGUCUAAGAACUCACAGAGAGAGAAUGGACGUCUGGAAAUGGGAGACAGUGACACUACCAGUGGCGUUUGUGUACAAUCCUUAA